GUUUACUACAGGUCUACGUGAGCUGCCUUGAGUGAGUGCACACUGCCAGGGAAGAAAAUCAGCUCUUACCCUGACUGACGGAAAUCUGAACUUUAUCGCGGACAAUAAACGCUCCAGAAUUUUCUCUACCGGACAAUUUCAACAUGAAAUUUUUUCUACUCUAUGUUUUACUUCUUCUGAUCUCAGCACUGGGAACAGAUGCAUUCUGGGGCCGUCGCCGCCGCAGACGUCUAGCACUGUCGGGCUGCCCUUUCCCACCACGACCAGCCUACAGUUCCAGAAGUGGAUGUACCUCACCUUACACACAGGGGGAAAUAUGUCACUAUGAAUGCCACCCCGGGUACUAUCAAAAGUCCGGCAACACAGACCUGACGUGUACUAACCGGAAUUGGAAUGGAUCGAGUCUUGUCUGCACACCGUUCGAAUGUUCUACACCACCUACCCCUGCCAACAGCUACAGAAGAGGUUGUUGGCCCCCCUUCUUACACGGGGAUACAUGUUACUACAACUGUCUUUCCGGGUACUAUCAGGGAUCGGGAAAUAUCGAAAGGACUUGCUCUAGCGGAGACUGGACUGGCUCAGACCUGGAAUGUAAAAAAGAAAGUUUAUUCUCACCAAAGGAGAAUUUAGACGUCGAGGUGAUCUGGACAUACCAACUUCAAGAUGGCAUUUUACCUCUGUUUGAGAAUUGGAAGAAACUACCAAACAUUGGAAUAGCAAGUAGAACUACAGCAAACGUGUACAUGUCAGCUUUAUACGUGGGUCGAAUAGAACUGUUCGGACAAGCAAGCCUCCGGCUGAAAAACGUAAGUUUGUCUGACAAAGGGGUCUAUCAACUUUUCACCGUGUUUUCUGAUGGGACAUCACAGACUGUCACCGCAUCGGUUGAAGUAGACGACCCGUGUGAGAAUAACACCUGUUCCCCGGACGGUGGGAGAUGUGUACCACACGGGAACAACUUCACGUGCAUGUGUGAUCCUGGCUACGUCGGUGACGGACGGAUUUGCACAGAAGUAACAACGCAGAGUGGAACAACAAUCCCUACCACAAAUGUGAUGAAAGAAUUUCCCUUCGGAUUUACAGAGCUACAGGCUACAGCUGAAAUUCCGCCUACCAUUGGAGACAGUGCGGUGACGACAGCUGCUAGGAAAUCAUCAGUCAGAAACACUACAGCUGGAAGUCACAGUACCCUUGCAGGAAAUGGGAUGACGAAAACUAUCCAGGGAUCCGUCAGAAACACUACAGCUGGAAAUCUGAUAUCCGAAAAAUUCAACAAUGUAACAUCCGCUGCCGAGGGAUCCGAUGCAGAGUUUUAUUGGAAUUACCAAGAAAAGGACAACACUGAAGUGAUAUUUGAGGCUUGGUGGUUCAAAGUGAAUGGUGAUGGCCUGAUGAUUGCUAGUCGUGUGCAUCCGUUGAAUACAUCUGUUUCUCCAAGAUAUGAGAAACGACUGGAAGCAUUUGGUGACGCAGGUCUCCUACUCAGAGCAGUACGACUAACAGACGCUGGGACUUACGAAUUGCUGGUUGCCUUUGAUGAUGCUUCAGAAUCAAUAAGGAAGGACAGUCACCUUGUAGUGCACUACCCUCCAAGAUUUCUGGACAUCACUCCAAGCGUAACUGCUGCAAGAGGAACCCAAGUCAUACUGCAGGCUCACGCUAGCUGCAUCCCGCCGCCGACAUACUCUUGGAUAAAAGUCAAUGGCUCAGUUCCAGAGACAUCUAUCGAAAACACAACAACUGGAACUCUCACAUUGAGAAACAUCGGCCAGAAAGACAGUGGUACAUACAUGGCCAUUGCUAGUAAUUCUCUUGGAAUCGCAUCGAAUCUAUCAGUCCUGAAGGUUGAGAACCUUCAAGAGGACACGUCGUCCGAGGCAGAAUUUUCCAUCGAAGAAGUUCUGACAAUUGCAGCUGUGCCAUGUGUGACAGUACUGUCUGUAAUGGCGGGCGUACUUUUGUACUGUUGGAUUCGGAAGCGCAGGAACAAGGAACAGACCCUAGACAUGUCAGAGGUGACGUUCCACCCGGAUCUGCCACCAUUACCAGCGGCUCUGCCCCAGCCUCCCCCUACUCCAUCCCGGCCACAGUUCCUGAAGUACGAGAUCAACAGGACUGAUCUAGACGUGAAAGAACGGAUCGGUAGCGGCGCCUUCGGUUUAGUCUUUCUGGCUUCGUUAAGAAGACUUGUCAAUGGUCUCCCUACAGACAAAACUGUAGUGGUGAAAACUGUACAUGAGGAUUCUGGAGAAGAAGAAAUUAAAAAUUUCAUACGAGAGAUCGACACCACUAUGAACCUGACAGAACAUAUUAAUCUAUUAGGUCUGAUUGGCUGCGUUACGGUGACGCGCCCUCCGUACAUGGUGACAGAUUAUAUGCCAUACGGAGACCUGAAGAAUUUCCUGCUCAAGUGCAGGAAGACCUUCAUUUCUCAAGCUGGAUACGUGCAUGGUGACUUGGCUGCGAGGAACGUUCUCGUGGGAGAGAAUUUAGUGGUGAAGAUUGCUGAUUUCGGCCUAACUACAGACAUCUACGAGCGGGGUUACCAGCGGCAGGACGCGGAGCAGAAGAUCCCGCUGCGCUGGAUGGCACCGGAAAGGCUUUUACGUGAAGGUCGAUACACCAGUAAGAGUGACGUGUGGUCAUUUGGCGUUGUGCUGUUCGAAGUCACGACGCUUGGAGACGUUCCGUAUCCAGGUCGGGAACGCACUCUUCUUGAAGACCUUCGCACAGGAUACCGUGAACCAUGCCCACCUGGCCUCCCACAAGACAUGUACUCGAUGAUGCUGCGGUGUUGGGAGUGGGAUGAAGACGACCGUCCGGACUUUGAGGAACUGUACCAGGAGCUUGACGCCGUUUUAGAGUCCAUGACGAACGGCUACAUGAAACCACGUUGCAGCUGGACAGACAGUUGGACUGAGGCUUCAGAAAAUUCUGGAUGUUCCAGCUCUACAGAGGCUGCAGAACCACCUGGAAGUUCCAGCUCUGCAGAAGCCACGGAAACACCUGGUGAUUCCAGCUCUGCGGAGGUGCUGGAAACACCUGGGAGAUCCAGCUCUAUUGUGGCCGUGGAAACACCUGGAAUUUCAAGCUCUGGGAAAAACCCUCAAAGUUCAGAGGUUACGGAAACACCUGGAAGUUCCAGCUCUUCAGAGGCUGCGAAAAAUACGGGAAGUUCCAUCUCUACUGAGGCUGUAGAAAAGCCUGGAAGUGCAUAUGACAUUCCUAGAGCAGCCAGAAUGCGAUUACAGGUCGCUACUGGUAUCUGUAACGGCAAUGGGUAUCACGAAGAAUUGGAAAUGGACUCCAUUCGCGUUCGCAAACAUAUGAGUUUAUGA